UGCGAAAGCACCAUCUGCAUCUCCAACGACACCGACGCGAAGCUUCCAAUUCGCCUCCCAUAAAUUAGGGUUGGUGUUUUGUUGAUCAGAGGCAGACAAAUCGAAAUUAAACUCAAAGCCGAAUUCCAGUAAUCAAACGACGGACAAAGAAGAUGUCAGGACUGACGUGCAAUUCCUGCAAGAAGGAAUUCGAGGACGAUGCAGACCAAAAGCUCCAUUACAAGUCUGAUUGGCACCGCUACAAUCUCAAGCGGAAGGUAGCUGGGGUUCCAGGUGUUACAGAAGCUCUAUUUCUGGCUAGACAAUCUGUGCUUGUUCAGGAGAAAAAUAAGUCAGAAGAAACCCCCAUGCUUUACAGCUGCAGCCUGUGUGGAAAGGGUUAUAGAAGCGCCAAGGCUCAUGCUCAACAUCUUCAAUCAAGAAGCCAUGUUCUACGGGCAUCUCAAGGAUCAGAUCAUCAAGAAGAGAAGGCAGUCAUUAAGCCACUUCCUCGCCGUGCUGUGAAUAGGCCGCUAGUGCAAAAGGAGGCAGAGAAAGAAGAAAGUGAAGAAAGUGAGUGGGAGGAGGCUGAUUCAGAGGAAGACUUGGUGGUUGAAGCCUCAAGGUCAUUAACUAAUUUGAUCGUGAAUGAGGUUGCUGCUGAUGACGGUAUGGAUGAGGAUGAUGAUGACCAUGUUGACGUUGAAAACAAGUUGGAUCCAUCAUGUUGCUUCAUGUGCGAUCAAGAGCAUGAUACCAUAGAGAGUUGUAUGGUCCACAUGCAUAAGCAUCAUGGCUUCUUCAUUCCUGAUGUUGAAUAUUUGAAAGAUCCAAAAGGCCUUCUUACUUUUCUUGGUCUCAAGGUGAGGAGGGAUCUCACGUGCUUGUACUGCAAUGAUCGGUGCCUUACUUUCAACAGCUUAGAAGCAGUUAGGAAACAUAUGGCUGCGAAGAGUCAUUGCAAAGUGCACUUUGGAGAUGGUGAUGAUGAUGAAGAAGCUGAAUUAGAGGAAUUUUAUGAUUAUAGCAGCAGUUAUGUAGAUGAGGCUGGCCAACAGCUGGUCUUAUCGGAUGAUAUUGACAACACUGUAGAAUUGGGUCAUGGUGGGGCUGAGCUUGUCAUAACUAGAAGAUCCAAUGACAAAGCAACAACUAAAGCACUUGGUUCACGGGGUUUUUUGCGUUAUUAUCGUCAGAAACCAAAGCCAGCGCCAACAAAUCAGCUGGCUAUAACUGCUGCUCUGGCUGCAAGGUACAGGAGCAUGGGAAUAGUGACUGUGCAGUCAAGAGAGCAAAUUGUGAGGAUGAAGGUGAUGAAGCAGAUGAACAGAUCAGGGGUGGAGGCCAUGCGGUCGAAGAUUGGAAUGAAGAGUAAUGUUAUCCGGAACCUGCCGAACAAUGUCCCGUAUUAGUAGUCGUAAGAAAGUGUUAUUGUGAUUUUGUUUCCUGCGGUAAGUUUUGGAUGUCUGUCCCAUGUUACUUAAUCGUGGAGAAUGAACUAUUCUGAAUUUCCCUCGUACAGUAUAGGCAUUUGUAAGCCCUGAAUGAACCAAUGUGGAAUAUCAUGUUGUUUCUUUGAUUUGCAACCAAAUUGUUAUCGAAAUUCUCUUUUUAUUUGAGGGAUGAGGAAGUUUAGAGGUGUU